AGUGUCGUCGCUGCCAGUGUACUGUCAAAGUAUCUUUGCUGUCAAUCAUGGCGCCGAUAGGUGAGAGUGUUGAAGUGAAUGGGUUUAUCGUCAAAAAGAAGGAAGAAACUGACAGUGAAGAGAACUUAUGGUCUGCGAUACUAGCCGAAGUUCAAACGAGAGGAAACACCAAACUCCCCUCCUGUAAAUCAGUUUUGGUACUUGGUGACAAUGAAUCUGGUAAGACAACACUGAUAGCAAAACUUCAAGGAGUUGAGGAUCCAAAGAAGGGCUCUGGUUUAGAAUAUGCUUAUAUUGAUGUGAGAGAUGAAUACAGAGAUGACCACACACGUUUAAGUGUAUGGGUCCUGGAUGGUGACCCAGCCCACUCUCACCUCCUCCGAUUUGCGCUGUCGGAAGAGAGCUUCCCACAUACGUUAGUCAUGUUUGUUGCUGCCAUGACUACCCCUUGGGGUAUUCUGGAACAGCUGCAGACAUGGGCAUCUGUACUGCAGGACCACAUUGACAAACUGAAGCUCAAAAGGGAUGAACUACAAGAGUACAGGCUUAAAUAUGUGAAGAAGUGGCAGGAUUAUGUGGAACCUGGUGAUGAACUCGAACAAGGGUCCCCAAUGAAACGAACUUCUCGAAAUCUGGAGGAAGACGCAAAUGAUAUAUUACCCUUGGGUGAAGGAGUCCUCACCCGGAAUCUUGGUUUAGAUGUUGUAGUUGUUAUUACAAAGACGGAUUAUAUGACUACACUAGAAAAAGAUUUUGAUUACCGGGAUGAGCACUUUGAUUUUAUGCAGCAGUGGAUCCGACGAUUUUGUCUACAGCAUGGUGCAGCUCUAUUUUACACAUCAGCUAAAGAAGAUAAAAAUUGUGAUUUGCUUUAUAAAUAUCUCACACACAGAAUUUAUGGAUUUCCAUUUCGCACUCCAGCUCUUGUUGUGGAGAAAGAUGCAGUAUUAAUACCUUCAGGUUGGGACAACAUGAAAAAAAUAAGUAUUCUUUACGAAAACAUGCAGAGCAUGAAACCUGAUGAUUAUUACCGAGAUGUUAUUGUGCAACCAGUUAUUAGAAAGCCUGUCCAAAGAGAAUGUGAAAUGCAAGCAGAAGAUGAACAGUAUUUCUUAUCCAAGCAACUCCAGCUUCUGCAGCAAGGUGGACCUGCAAAUGCAAGGCAAGAGUCUCCGCUUAGGACUGCAGUGCAGAAAACUGGAGACAGAAGAGUUACAGGAUCACCUGGUAUUCAGGGGCAGUUAGGUUCACCAAAGAAGAUUGACAGCACAAAACCAAGUGUGACAGGCAGUGGGGAAGGAGUUUUAGCUAACUUCUUCAAUUCACUGCUGUACAAGAAGACAGGUGGUGGGCCACAGACACCAAAAACACCAGAUCUUCCAAGUGAAAGACCUCAUACAUCUGUAGAUAAAGCAGUGAUGCGAUCAGAUGCAGCAGCUGAAUUGGAUCGGUUAACUCGCAGCAAGAAGUUAGCAUCACCAGACCAAAAUUCUACAGACUGUUGAGACAAGUGCUAGCAUCAGAUGAUGGAUCUUAAUCUACACAGUGAAACAGGGCUUAUGCACAGAGUCAUGAUGAAGAAUGUGAUCAUUUAACUGCUAUAUUGAAAUAUUUCUUCGUAAUUGAAGAGAUAACUCAUUUGCUAUAAGUAGUUUGUUACUGAUUAUGUUCUUCGGUUCACUGUGAUACUCGAUCGUAGCCUGUGAUAAGACAUGAAGGAAUGUAAAGUGGUUUUUAUGAUGGACUUGCCUAAGUUGCAACCAUCAUAUUGAGCUGUAUGACAGGAAGCGCAGUUUAUUUUGUUUUGAUUAUUGCACUUGAGCAGCUUUAAAAGGUUCGUAACAUUCUCUUUGUGAACAUUAAUUUAUUUUUUGUAUAAUGUCGCUGUGCUUGUCAUGAAACACUACCAGUUUACUAAUUCAACUAUGUAAAUAGCAAUCCGUUUGAAAAUUAUGAAAAUGAUACGUACAUAUAUAUAUAUUUAUUAAUGGAAGUGAAUCUUCCCAAACAAGACAGCAAAUAUUUAAAACUAAGUGACUGUGUGUGUGUGUGUGUGUGUGUGUGUGUGUGUGUUUGUUUUUAGGGGGAGAGACAGAGUGCAUAAAGAGUGAGGCAGGGAGGUUGUGCAAACAUGCCAUUACAGUGAUGUAUAGUUUGGUAAUUUGUAUAUUUAUUCAAUAACAUCCCUUUAAGCCAUUCCCUAAACCAAAUUGUACAUUGCUCUACUGUUAGAACAUCAAAAAGUGCAAUCCUGUUCAGUAUAAAAUUACUAUUGAGAAACUGACUCUACAGAAUGUUUGAUGGUCUCUUUCGUAUGUUCAAAAGGACCUUCAAAAUGUAAAAGUGAAGGAUCCGAUAACAUCAGGUGCCAUCCAAAGUAUGAUGAUAAAUUGCAUGUCAGGGUACAAAUUUUCUCAUAUGUGGAGAAUAGCAGCAACCCAGCAUCUGUUUAAUCUUGCAUUCGGUUAUGAAACUUAGAAUAUUUGUUGCAACAAUUUUGCGUUGUUUACGCUCCUUGAAAUUUAUGCAAGUUAAUGCAUUCCAAAAGAUUGUUUGUCCUGUGCUGCCUAUGUAACUGGUGCCUGAUGUCUCUUUGAUAUAUCAGUUUGUAAUGGAUGUGCAAUACUGUCUUCGUUUGUAAUUAAAUUCUUAAAAAUGCAAAUAAAAAUUGAGGGCACUGUGAGGCAGCUUCGUUAAGUAAAUGUAAUUCAAUAAUCUGUACAACGUAUAAAAUUUUGCUUCAUUAAUUUUGUGUAUGAACUGCAGUGGACUUCAUUGGGACUGCAUUAAGAUGUGGUUUCUGCAAUAAAUACUCUCUUUUGAGGUUAUUAGACACAGUUUCAUCAGUAUUUUUAAUCUUUUUUAUCUUCUGAGCGUACGCACAAGUGUUGUUUCUUCUUUUUGAUUAAUUUGUGUUUAUUAGAAUAGAUUCACGUGGUUUCCACAGUGUUGAUUUGUUUGUUUGACAGCUGACAGGUUUUCUUAUUACCUUUUUGUACAACUAUCAACUCGAUAUCAGUAAAAAGGAAAUGUAUAAUUUCUACCAUUAAACUGAUAUUACGAAUGCCACCAUUCCAUAUGAGAUGAUGAUGAUGAUGAUGAUAGUAAUAUGCCUGUGUUUCUAAGCAAAAUCUUUAAAAUCCCUUUAUUUGUUGAUUUGUCUAGUAUGCAUCAAUCUUUGUGAAGUACUGACCCACUGCAGUUUGUACAAUUUUUGAAAAAGUCUAACACAAUCAUAUUUUCCUAGAUGUUUGUACAGUGUAGCAACAGUUUAACUGCAGAGCAUUGUCUUUAAUAUGUUCUUAUGGGAAUGGAAUAUUUUAAUUGCACAUUUAAUUUUAAACAAUAAAUAUAUCAGUAGUACUUACAUCUGAUAAAGGAUCUUGUAACAUCCAGUUUGCUGAACAGAAAUCAGCCCUUGUUGGCCUAAGAGUGUGAAACCCUACAGUCAGUUUAACUAUGAAUAUGCUUUCUGUAUUUGGAUAUCUGUACAAGUCAGCACACAUGCAAAGACUGUUUUGCACAUAGCAUUAGUAAUUUUUAUAUUUAUGUAAUAUCUGUCAAGGAUUUGGCUUUAAAUGUCAUUUCAUAAAAACAUACCAUAAAGUAAAAAGAAAAAAUAGCAAAGGAGAGGAGACAACGGGCCGAAUAUUUGCAAGUGCGUAAAAAGAUGCACGGAUGUAUACAUUUGGAAGUUCAGGAUUUACAGUCUAAAAAUUGGAAAGUGAUGUAGCACUGACAAAAUAAAAGCUUUGUAAUACAAAA